AUGGACACUACUAGAUAUGAUCUCAAGAGCAAUAGUGCAAUACCCGAUGAAGCAUGCAUAAAGAAUAGCCAGGACUACAAAUUUCCAGACCCAGAAGAUUUUAUUAAUUCUUCAUACAUGGACUUUUCAAUUCUUGAAUUACAAGAUGUACUCAUUGCCUUUUCUAAGAGUAUUUCAGAAACAAAAGCAAGACUCAACUAUCUUAUUCCUAAGAACUUUGCCAAAUUUAUCAGCUGCAAAGGCACGAUGGAGCAGAUUUGCGAUGAUUAUUCCAAGAAUAAUAUCGCCUCAUCAAACUCUAGCAGUUCAAUAUCAUUCAUAGUGUCAAAGUUUGAAAGCUUACUAAAAAAGCAUAAUAUCAACCUGGACGAAAUCGAUGAGGAGUCUGUUACUAUUGAAGUGAGCGAGGAUGCAGCAAUGAUGAAUCUCAAGGAAAUGCUAAGAUCAAAUAUAUUAAAUUUCUCCAUUUUCAUGGAAACCCUUGGAAAGUACAGGAAAUUGGUUGAAAAUUCCAAAAAACUAGACGCAAUUAAACCAGAAAUAAUAGAUUUCUUAACGGCAGUAUAUGAAAAGAUUGUUGGAGAAGAAACUCCAUUUGAAGAGAUGUGUAAUCUCACUGACAUUUACCUUACAGCAGCGUCAUACCAAAAUGACUACACUUUUGAUCAAAAAAGGUUGAAAAUUAUGAACACCAUCCUAGUUAACUUUAAAGAAUCAACAUACUCCAGAAUGAGAGUGUCCGAUGAAUAUUAUAAAUACCUCUUCAAGUCUAUAAUUAAGGUCCUGGAAUAUCUCAAAGAAGAACAGGUGGAGGAAGCAAUACAUCAUUUCUUCAAAAUGUUUUACAGCUUGCUUUGUAAAACUGAUCCAAAAUAUUGUAGAAUCGUACUUAGGCAGAUUGCAGACUUUACAAAAUCUAUAAACACAACAGCUAGUAGCAUAAGAGAGUUCCGAGAGUCAUUGUCUGAUUUAAAAACUGAUUUAUUUAACUUUUUUGUUUCAACAGCCAGUGUGGAUGAGUGUGUGGAAAUAUUUAACGUUUUCUUGAGUAUAUUUAAUGAAAGAGAGACGAAGAAAGCACAAGACAUUCUCUUAAAGAAGACAGAAAGGCAUUUGAUUAGUUCCGAAAGACACGGGUUUGAGUUUUUGAGGGAUCAAGCCAAAGACGUCAAAACCAUAUCUUCAUGCCUGGGAUCGAGGGAGAGUAGGAAUAUGAAACAGCUCAAGAAGAGAAUUGGAGAGAAAAAGGACGCUGAAAUUCAGGAAAUUGUGAAAGGCUUUAAACUGUCAUUUGAAGUACUAAACGGUGUGGAUGAUGGUGUUAUUAACAUGGAGACAAAAAUACUGAUGGAAGCAGUGAAGAUUAUUGACAGAUCCAAAGAGUACCACACGCAAAUACUCUGUGAAUGUAGAGACUUGAUAGUCAAGCAUGGGGUAAUUUUAUACUUUCUAAGAUCAUAUUUGAAAUUAGAAACGCCCGUGCUAAGCGAGGAAGAAAGGAAUAGAGUAGAGUCUCUUUCGUUCCAAUUCGGAUUUCUUGUUAAUUAA